AUGGGGGGCUUUCGUUUCAGGACCUGUCGCACGGAUUUGCAGGUCAAAAGAAAAACAGCCCAAAAACCCCGUCCUGACUGUCACAUCAAUCCAUCUCCAUAUCGUCCUCUCGUCGCGGCUUCCGAUAGACUUCGUUGCUGGUACACGCCCUUCACGGAGUCCCGAGAUCAGCGACUAUGCAAUUCAGUAGACUCCUCUUCAGUUAAUAAGCUCUUCAACACUCUCUUAGCAUCUCUCGACAUCUCCACUAGACAAGAGUACAGCUCUGGCCUGCUUCGCUUUGCUCAGUUCUGCGACAAUCACAACAUAGAUGAAAAUUCACGCAUGCCGGCUUCAGAAGAAUUAUUAUCAAUAUUUAUUGCCGAACGUGCAGCGGGCCUUCGCAGUGACUCAGCGGCUCAAAAUUGGCUCCAAGGCCUACACUAUUGGCACAAGAUAAAUGGCGCACCAUGGUAUGGUAAUGAACUACUCAAACAAACUCUCAAAGGGGUGCGCAAGAUGGUUCCGGAUUCUGUGAAGCGGGUCAAGAGACCGCCGGUGACGGUGGAGCAUAUGUGGGCACUCUGGCGGGGACUUGACUUACAGCGAGUUUCAUAA